CAAAAAUGGAUUGUUAGCACAAAAAUUCCAAAACUGGAAGCUCUAUGUAGUCAACACAACGCGGUCUUCGAUCUGUUAGCCGCCAUCUACUGAUCCACUCCUUCGCCGCUGCCAUCUAUUCUACGGGAGUUUCUCCUUCGAGCAAAUUGCUUUUUAUUACUCAUUACUUAUGAACCCACGUCAAAUCAUGAGAUGAGCACAGAUAAACUGUUUAAAAUACAAAGAGCAUCACAAUUUUCAUUUUUGGAUCACCAUGUCUCUGUUCAGGAAUCUGAUCCAUCUCUCGAUCGCGACCACCUGCAAACAACCAUCAUCAUAUAAGGCGGCUUUUCCCGGGGCGCCGCCGCCGCUCCUGACCCAGUUUUUGUUGUUCACCACAAAGACCACAUCUCCGGCGCCGGCGGAGUCUAAGGCGAAAGGACCCAGUGAUGGCGGGAUAGGGCGUGCGGGGUUGGGGCCGACGAAGGGGGAUGAAAAGCCCAGAGUGGUCGUGUUGGGGACAGGCUGGGCAGGGUGCAGGCUGAUGAAGGGACUUGACACCAGCAUAUACGACGUCGUUUGCGUGUCCCCCAGGAAUCACAUGGUCUUCACCCCUCUGCUUGCGUCCACCUGCGUCGGAACCCUGGAGUUCCGGUCGGUAGCUGAGCCGAUCGGGCGGAUUCAACCCGCCAUUUCCAGGCAACCCAAUUCUUAUUUCUUCCUCGCUAACUGUUCUGGAAUUGAUUUCAACAACCAUGUGAUAAACUGCCAAACAGUUACGGAAGGAGUUGGUACACUGGAGCCACGGAACUUCAAUAUCGCGUACGACAAGUUGGUAGUGUCUUCCGGUGCAAAAGCCUUGACCUUUGGAAUUAAGGGUGUGGAGGAGCAUGCUAUCUUUCUCCGGGAAGUUCGCCAUGCUCAAGAAAUUAGGAGAAAACUCCUCCUUAACCUGAUGCUCUCUGAUGUCCCGGGAGUUAGUGAUGAAGAAAAGGGAAGACUGCUACACUGUGUUGUGGUGGGAGGUGGCCCCACAGGAGUUGAGUUUAGCGGUGAACUUAGCGACUUCAUCAAGAGGGACGUUCAUCAAAGAUAUGCUCAUGUCAAAGAUUAUAUUCAUGUCACAUUAAUUGAGGCAAAUGAGAUUUUAUCUUCCUUUGAUGACCGUCUUCGUAAAUAUGCCACCAAACAAUUGACCAAGUCAGGAGUUCGUCUGGUCCGUGGGGUAGUAAAAGAUGUGCAAUCUGAGAAGAUAAUUCUUAGUGAUGGAACGGAGGUUCCUUAUGGGCUGUUAGUGUGGUCUACUGGAGUGGGACCCUCUUCAUUUGUUGAAACUCUAGAUAUUCCUAAAGUGCGAGGAAGGAUUGGGAUUGACGAAUGGUUGCGUGUCCCUAGUGUGGAGGAUGUAUAUGCAAUAGGGGACUGCUCGGGCUUCCUUGAGAGUACAGGCAAGCCAGUGCUUCCUGCGUUGGCUCAGGUUGCAGAACGUCAAGGAAAAUACCUUGCCAUGCUAUUGAACAGGACAGGGAAAGCUGGUGGGGGUAAAGCAAAUGCUGCAAAGGAUAUUAAUCUAGGCGAUCCCUUUGUGUAUAGACAUUUGGGCAGCAUGGCUACGAUUGGUCGGUACAAGGCUCUUGUUGACCUUAGGCAGAGCAAGGAGGCAAAAGGUGUGUCCCUGGCAGGAUUUGUGAGCUGGUUCAUUUGGCGAUCCGCUUACUUGACUCGAGUGGUAAGCUGGAGGAACAGAUUUUACGUGGCUAUUAACUGGCUGACCACUUUUGUUUUUGGUCGAGAUAUUAGUCGGAUUUAGAAAGAAAAAGAAGAGUCCAUAUAUAUACCGGAAAGUAAGUGUUCCUGCAAUCCUGCAGAAAUGACUUAUGUUUUGCUGCUCCAAAUUAUUGAUUUCUCAUAAUCUGUUGUCAUUAAAAUAAAACCUCAAACUAUUUUUAAAUUCUCAAGUUCGUAAUGAUCAU